AGAAAAUAACAACAGAGGAAUGCUGAUUGUUUUAUAUUCAUCAUGACAACUGAAAAGAGUUUAGUGGCAGAGGCUGAGACUCCAAAGCAGCAGCCACCAAAAGAGGAGGAGAUAGCUGCUGAAACAGAAAAAUACGAAGCCUCCUUGGAGAAAGCAUCUCAGCAAGCACCUGAGGGGGAUAAUCAAUCAAAGAAGAAACUGAAAGCAUCCAAUGGUGAUACGCCCACACGGGAGGAUCAAAGCAAGAGCAAAGAACGCAAUCCUGAAAGUCGGGGCCUGUCACGCCUGUUUUCAUCAUUCCUUAAGAGGCCCAAAUCUCAGGUCUCUGAAGAAGAAGGGAACGAGGCAGAAACAAAAGAAAGCGGUGAAGGCCAGAAAGACAUAGAUAUAGGAAAUGAUCCCAACGAAGAGAUUCUGCUGAAAGCCCCCAUAGCGGCACCUGAACCUGAGCUCAGAACUGACCCAUCUUUAGACCUCCAUUCGCUCAGCAGUGCAGAAACACAGCCUGCUCAGGAAGAUAGAAGAGAAGACCAGGAUCAAGAUCCGGAUCAGGAUCCCGAUCAAGAUCAAGAUCAGGAUCCCGAUCAAGAUCCAGAGAACAGAGAUUUGGAGAUUAAGGAAGGAGAAGAGCAAGUGGAGUGCUGUAAUACAGAAGAGAAAAAAGAGAACAAGGCAAAACCAGACAAAGAAGUAAAAGGUGCUCAAAAGACACCAAGAAGACCCAGAAACAGCAUGCACUGCAAGGUUUCUUUGCUGGAUGACACCAUUUUUGAGUGUUCUGUGGAUAAACAUGCUAAAGGGCAGGAUCUGCUUAAGAAAGUAUGUGAUCACCUCAACCUUUUGGAAGAAGACUAUUUUGGUCUGGCUGUAUGGGAUACCCCAACUUCCAAGACAUGGUUGGAUGCUGCCAAAGAGAUUAAAAAACAAGUUCAUGGAGGCCCGUGGGAUUUCACUUUCAAUGUUAAGUUUUAUCCUCCAGAUCCAGCACAGCUGACAGAGGAUAUAACGAGGUAUUACUUGUGUCUCCAGCUGAGGAAAGACAUAGUCACCAGCCGGCUCCCUUGCUCCUUCGCGACACUAGCUCUGCUGGGUUCUUAUACAAUCCAGUCUGAGUUGGGAGACUAUGAUCCAGAUUUGCAUAGCGCAGAUUAUGUCAGUGAAUUUAAGCUCGCCCCAAACCAGACAAAGGAACUGGAAGAUAAGGUCAUGGAACUACACAAAACAUAUAGAUCAAUGACUCCAGCUCAAGCUGAUUUGGAAUUUCUUGAGAACGCCAAAAAGUUAUCAAUGUAUGGAGUUGACCUUCACCAAGCCAAGGACUUGGAAGGAGUGGAUAUCACUUUGGGAGUCUGUUCCAGUGGCCUUCUUGUCUAUAAAGAUAAACUGAGAAUCAACCGCUUUCCUUGGCCCAAAGUACUGAAGAUUUCUUACAAGCGCAGCAGCUUUUUUAUUAAAAUUCGGCCUGGGGAGCAGGAGCAAUAUGAAAGUACAAUUGGAUUCAAACUUCCUAGUUAUCGUGCUGCCAAGAAACUAUGGAAAGUCUGUGUUGAACAUCACACAUUUUUCAGGCUAACGUCCACUGAAGCGAUUCCCAAGAGCAGGUUCCUGGCACUGGGCUCUAAAUUCCGCUACAGCGGUCGGACUCAGGCCCAGACGAGGCAGGCUAGCGCCUUGAUUGACAGACCUGCACCACAGUUUGAACGGACAGCCAGUAAACGGGCCUCUAGAAGCCUCGAUGGGGCUAAACGUACCUCUCAAAAAAUUGAGUUCAUACCAGUAGAGGAACAGAAGCAGGAGGAUGUGGUGUGUGUUGGGGUUCCAGAAUCAGAACCUGUGGAACAAUUUCAAGAGAAGCCAGCAAAAGCUGGUCUUGAGAAUAUUGAAAAGAAACAAAUAGUGACCAAGGAGGAGGUCAUCUUGGAAGUUCCUGUCGCAGAAACAAAAUUAGUGGAACCAUUAAAAAUACAUUCAGCUGUACAUAUGCUUGAAAAGUUUGACAUAAGCACAAUAAAAGAAGAGGAGAAAGAAGAAAAAACUGUUGUGGUGCAGGAUCUAGAACAAAAGCCACUAUUACUUGAACCAAUUCAGGAGGAGUCAGCAGUAGCAGUGGUUACACCUGAUAGAAGCACACGGCCUACAUCCGCACCGGCUAUUGCUCAGAGCCAUGUGGUCGAACCUACUCCACCAACUGUAUCUGAUAACAAGGAACCAGCAGUUGCCGAAACUGAGAAGGAGACACAGAGAAAAGAAUUGAAACAUGAAGAAACGUUACCAGAGAAGCCCAAAACUGAGCCUGCCAAAGAUUUCCAGAAAAGAUCAAAGAGACUAGAUGGUGAAAACAUUUAUAUAAGGCAUAGCAAUUUAAUGUUGGAGGAUUUAGAUAAAACUCAAGAGGAAAUAAAGAAACACCAUGCCAACAUCAGUGAGCUGAAGAAAAACUUUAUGGAAUCUGUUCCUGAUCCACGGCCAAGCGAAUGGGACAAACGCUUGUCUACUCAUUCUCCCUUCCGGACCCUGAACAUCAAUGGGCAGAUCCCUACAGGAGUAGAAGGAGUCCAGGUCAAGAAACCCUCCUAUCAGUCCUGUGAGAGGCAGGUUGGUGGGCCAGAGCCGCCCCUUGUGAAGACUCAGACUGUUACUAUAUCUGACGUGUCAAGUGCUGUGAAAAGUGAAAUUCCAACUAAAGACGUUCCUAUUGUUCACACAGAGACCAAGACUAUAACUUAUGAAGCUGCUCAGACUGAUGAUGGCAGUGGGGAUUUAGACCCUGGAAUUCUGCUAACUGCUCAGACCAUCACUUCAGAGACCACCACCAGCACUACCACUACCCAGAUCACAAAGACCGUGAAAGGUGGAAUUUCAGAAACACGAAUUGAGAAAAGAAUUGUCAUCACAGGGGAUGCAGACAUUGAUCAUGAUCAGGUUCUGGUUCAGGCCAUCAAAGAAGCAAAGGAGCAACACCCAGACAUGUCUGUGACAAAGGUGGUGGUCCAUCAGGAGACAGAGAUUGCAGAAUAGCAAGGCCAGCUAUAUAUAUCAUUAUAUAUAUGUAUAUCAAGGCGACGUCUAUUUCAGUCUGAGAAAGGCCACCUGAAAUAUACCAGCAAAACUACAAGGAAACUACCUUGGAGCACCAUGACCUCAAACUUGUCAGAGUUAUUUUAUCAGAAAUUCUAUCACUUACAACUUGGAGUUGGGCUUUUUGAUGUUUACUUAGGAUUCUCCUCAAUACAGUGGAUCCUUUUUUUUGAUUAUCAUUUUUAUAUAUUGUGACCGACAGUAUGCCAUACUUUUCAUUGUACCAAAGUGUUUUUUUUUACAGGUUUUCUU